GCCGCCAGCUCGCUUCACUUAUGGGUCGGAAGCGCUGCGUGGGGGAGACUGUUCCAAGAUGGCGGCGGGUUGCUGUGGGGUGAAGAAACAGAAACUGUCCAGUUCGCCCCCCUCUGGCUCGGGUGGCGGUGGUGGCGCCUCCUCCUCCUCCCACUGCAGCGGAGAGAGCCAGUGUCGAGCCGGGGAGCUGGGACUAGGAGGCGCCGGUGCGAGGCUCAACGGGCUGGGAGGUCUAACCGGAGGAGGCAGCAGCGGUGGCUGUACCCUCUCGCCCCCCCAGGGCUGCGGUGGCGGCGGCGGCGGCGGCGGGGGGAUCUCCCUCUCGCCACCUCUGAGCUGUGGAGUGGGGACCCUACUUUCUACCCCAGCCUCCGCCACCGCUUCCUCGCCCUCCUGCUCGUCCGCCGCCUCGUCCUCAUCACCGGGCUCCCGGAAGAUGGUGGUGUCAGCGGAGAUGUGCUGCUUUUGCUUCGAUGUGCUCUACUGUCACCUGUACGGAUACCAGCAGCCCCGUACCCCCCGGUUCACCAACGAGCCCUACCCACUGUUUGUAACAUGGAAGAUUGGUCGAGACAAAAGAUUGCGUGGAUGCAUAGGUACUUUUUCUGCCAUGAAUUUGCAUUCAGGACUCAGGGAGUACACACUUACCAGUGCCCUUAAAGAUAGCCGUUUUCCCCCAAUGACAAGGGAUGAGCUGCCACGGCUUUUCUGCUCAGUGUCUCUGCUCACUAACUUUGAAGAUGUCUGUGAUUAUUUGGACUGGGAGGUGGGUGUACAUGGCAUUAGAAUAGAAUUCAUCAAUGAAAAAGGAUCAAAACGCACCGCCACCUACCUACCGGAGGUUGCAAAGGAGCAAGGAUGGGACCACAUUCAGACCAUAGACUCCUUACUAAGGAAGGGAGGAUACAAAGCUCCAAUUACUAAUGAAUUCAGGAAAACCAUAAAACUGACCAGAUACCGUAGUGAAAAGAUGACCCUGAGUUAUGCUGAAUACCUAGCUCAUCGCCAGCAUCAUCAUUUCCAAAAUGGCAUUGGACAUCCCCUUCCACCAUACAACCAUUAUUCCUGACACUGAGCCGCACAACCAGUCACUGGGCCUCUCUGCAGACUUCUUCCCAGGAGACUCUACACCUUCUUGGUCUAGCUAUCUCUUUUACUGUACCAUUUUAUGAUGAUAGUUUCCGUUGCCAUGGUGACGCUUCAAUAUCAUCACUUAAGAUCAUCAUGGUAACGGGUAGGAAAAUGGCAUUUGUUAAGAUUGUUUUAUUCUUCUUAGAUCAUUGGGGUUUUUGCAGCAUAUAUAACGUUUUGGGUUUUGUUUCCUUACAAUAGUAGUAUUUUGCUUUGCUGUCUCAGUCAGGUUUAUGUCUUUCUGUCCUUGCCUUCUUUCUAUUUCCUCUUCCUUCUCGCCUUUCUUCCUUCUUCCUCCCUCCCUCCCUCCCUUCCUUCCUUCUUUCCUUCCUUCAACUGUGGAUGGAAGAAAGUGUGCAGAUUUUCAAUUUUUUUUUAGGAUUGUCUUUAGUUUUUCUCAGUAAGAUAGUUAUUUUUUGAUAGCUAAGUUUGGGAGUAAUUCAUAUCAAAAUCAGGUAUUUGUAUAUUACUCAUUAAUUUGCCCAAAAUUCCCUUUGCUAUGAGAGCUUAGAAUCUGAGUCUUCAGUCCUGGAGAUUAUGUAUUCCCCAUGGUUAAACUAUAACUUUAGUUGUAGUAGAAGGUCCAUGAUAGGGCUCGUCACAGAGCGAUAAACCAUUUAUGCCUACUGUACUGGCUAUCACAGAUAGACGAGACUGCCUCAACACUUUAUAGAACCAAUUUACAAAUUAAAACACUGUUUUUAGAAAGUAUAGACUGCCUUACAAAUAGGCCACAGACAUCAUUUUGAAGAGCAGCAAAUAUUAGAGAGCAGAUGCAGAACUUAGUGCCUUUGAGAAGAGUAUAAUGAAGUGGAAUUAAGAGCAGUUAGAAGAAAGGCAAUUUAGAGAGAAAUAUUCUUCUAAAAUUUUAUUGUUUCAGUGUGUGAAACAACAGAUUAGACAAAUUCCCUAUGCUGAAGUAUUUUUUUAGCUGAAAAAAUUUAUUUUGAGCAAAUAACCAAAAAGACAUUUGUCUAUUUUAUAUUAAUUUAAAUUUGUUAGCUUUAGGUUUCCAUAAGUCAUAAUUGGCCAGAGUCAAUUUUAGCUACCAUCUAAAGAUAUGGGAAAGAUAAUGUAGUGAAGCAAAAGUUGAUAUAUGCCAUGAUUUCAGAUAUGUGUGUCUGUCAUGGAACAAUACUAGAAUUUCAGAGAUACUAUGAAAUAGCUUGAAUCUCUUUCUGCACUACAUACUUUUGAUAGAAACAUGUUUACUAUGUUGAUAAGAUAAUUAUGUUAAACCUAUAAAGAUGGAGUUGGCAUUCAGAUGUGCUGUAGCUACAGCCUAGCUCAUUUGUAGGGCUAUUCUCCCAUGAUGCAAAGAGAACUUAGUGGUAUCAAGAGGAGGUCCAUACAUGUAUCCCCAGAAAACUCAGUUCCUGGAGGAAGGUGACCUUCGCGUUAUGGUAGUAUAUAUAUAUAUAUAGACAUAGAUAGGUAGGUAGGUAGGUAGAUAGAUAAAUAUAUUUGGGGAAAAUAUAUAAUAUUUUCAAACAGGGAAUCAGUAUAUCAAGUGAUGAGUAAAAGUAUGCUGCAGAAUAUAUAUUCUAAAUUAUAAGAAAUGUCAACUGAGUAUCAAAUGAUAUAGCAAAUGCAUAUAGCUGUGACAGGUGACAGAGUGCUAAUUCAGAAUUCAAAAGUCCUUUUUCAGUUUGUGAGAUACUGGCUGAAUUCCUCCUGCUUGCCACUGAGGCAAAGCGUACUGCUUUAGUUUUUGAUGAGAGUUCUUAGGAGUUGGUUGAUAUUCCUUCAUCCACAGCAUCCAUUAUUGAAAUAACCGUUUUCAGUUGUGAUGCCUUAACUAAGAAGCCAAUUGUUAGCCUGAAAUGCAGCCUGGGUAGCCAGUCCAUUGAACCCAGAGAUAAGGAAAGAAAAAGUUAGCUGGUGAGCUUUAGAAAGGGAUUUUAAAUCUUGUCAUUUCUACUUGGGAGCAUUUUGGAGUACAUUAGUUUUUCAGUAUAAGAAAAAAGUGGCUACCUUAUGGAGACUUUUUCUUGCCCUUAUAGGGAAACUGAGCACAAGUUGAGUGAUAUUGUCUGCUGCAAAAAAAAGAAAAAGAUAAAAUGAAACAAACUAAAGAGAGACGAAAUAGACCAAUAUUCUUGUGAAAUCCAUCUUAUCCAUCAUCUCAUCAGUUCAGCAGGCUCUUUGUCCUGGAUGAGCUUAUGGUUAGAAGUUUUUUUAAAGAAGAGAUCUAUUACAUACACAUAUGUGUGCGUGUAUACAUAUAACUUACACAUACGUGCAUACAUAUGUGUGUGUUUAUAUAUUUAACGGUGCUAUUCAAUCUUGAGCAGGUCACGUGACUGGUCAUGCGGACUCUAAAAUCAUAUCAGAUUUUUUAAUCCUUGAUAUAUGCAGAUGUUAUACAGAUUUUCUUACCGGUGUAAUAAUGUUAUACUGAAGAAAUAACCAUCCUGCAGGCUUCAAAGGACGAGGUCAGCAAUAUUCCCCACCAUGGCUUGGGGCAAAAGGAUAGUUUUGUGUCCUUUUGUAUUCAAAUUGAUGCACAGUGCAUUUUUGUCUCUUAAGUAGCUGUUGACUAAAAGACUUUGUAGUGUAAAGGGUGUUAUACAAACUGUAAUGGUGUGCUUCAAACAAACGCUAGACCCUUUCACCUUUGUUGUAUUUACGAAGCUGUUAAAAUAUGUGGUUUGAAUUAACUUUGAAAAUGUUGAAAUAUGUAGCAUGUGUCUUUAACUCAGACGAAGAUUCUAAUAUUGCAGAGGUUGUGUUCUAGCCAGUUGUGGUUUAUUUGUUCAGAAACACAAAUGUGAAUUUCACUCUUAUCACCAGAAUAUUGUACAAGUUCAGUGAUCUUUAAACAGCUCAGAAGUAAUACUUGAACUUCAUUGGAGUAGCACAAAGUUUACAUAACCCCUUUUAAAUGUUAAUUAGGUCCAUAUAAGUUUUCUGUUUUCAAAUGCAACUGGGUAUUUUUCCUCUUUCUUGCAAAAUAGCAUGUGUUUUACUUUCGUGUAUGUAGCGAAAGGCUUCCAUUUCUGGAAGGGUUUUCUUGUUCUUAAACAGCCAGGUACCAGAUUCAGAGAGAACAAUUAUUUCCCCCACCCCUUAAGUGGCCUUCUGACUGCACAGGACUGUGCUACUACCCUCCCUGGUCUCCCCUGCCAGGAGGGCUUGUUGAAGUUGAUGGAGGAAGUGCAAGGCUUGCUUCCCCUGCCCCGCCCCCAUUUAAAGCAGUUUUUAAGAUUUUCAGUCCAGUGCAUAGAGUCCUAAUGCCCAGCACACCGGAAGUUUGUAUACUGGCCUCUUUUAUUGUCUUCAAAUGUGCAGGAAACUCGAAACUGUCAUCUGGAAUCGAUUCCAUCUCUUAUGUGUGUUAGAGCAAACCAAAGAAGCCCCCAGCCAUGCCCACAUGCUGCUCCAAAAGCCUGCCUUCCAGUCCUUACAAAAACCUUGCAGGAUUAAAUGUGUUAACUUUUUUAUUUUUGUACAGUUUCUAAGUGAUUUUUGCUAGUGAUGUUAAACUGAAUUAAGUUUGAGGAGUGUGAGCACCUCCUCCAUUUAAAUAAACUGGUGACUUUUAUUUUUAAAAGCAGAAACCUAUUGUGUGCCUCUCGAUUUAAGGGUUUCUGAUUACAUUAUUCUUAAGACCAGCAUUGAUCCUUUAUAUACAAAGAUAUGUUUUCUUUGUUUUUUUAUUACUGUUUCAAAAGAAAAUGAACCUUUUAUUUUGCUCUGGACCCAGUAACUGCGCUGGUACAUAGACGCACUGAGAAAAUAAACUUUUGUAACCACCUGUGACUGCUUUUGUAUAUCAAAGUUGAUUACUUUUGAAAUAUUUGGAUCUAGUUUCUAAGUUAUUUUAGUGUUUUGUAUGUUCCCUCAAAUUACUUUGAAUCGGUCACCAGCAUAAUGAGUUUUUGGUGAUGCAAUGGUGAGACUUGUAAUGAGCAAAAAGCUACCUGGAGUAGCUCUUCUUUUCCUUCUUUCUUAGUAACCUGUUUUUUGAUUACAGUAAGAAUCACAGAUUACCUGAAACCCCUUCCAGUAUAACUAGGUCCUCCUUCCUUCCACAUUUAAUUGCUUAAUAGUUUAAAGAAAUUAUUGAAAAUGGGCAUUUUAUAUGAUAUGUAUGGCUUUAAAAUAUUAAAAAUGGGAAAAAAGAAAAAAUAUGAGAAGGUUUAUGUUGGUCUGUAUGGUAUGGCUGUGGAAAGAUAAUGUAGUAGUUUUGACACUAUUGUUAUUACCUUUUAAAGUCAUUUACCCAAUAAAAUGUUAAAAGCAA